GGAAAAUGUUUACCACAGACCUGAGCCCUUACGAGAUCAAGGGUCAGAUCGAUGGGCACCGGUGUCUCGAGUUUUGUGUUCAGCAGCGCCUGUGUGUGGCCACCGGUAUGGUGUACGACACGGUCGAAAGCUCCAUGUUUUGCUACUUUUUUAAACGGUCGGACCUCAUGGACGCCAAUCUCACGGAAUACGAAAAUGUGGACCUAUUUGUCAAAGUGAUGGACGAGUCCGAGAUCCCUGGCCACCACAGUGUGCCACAGAAUAACAAGACUGGUAGUGCCACUGAAUGCAGUGAUGGUAAGCCCCUGGACUCGGAGGCCAAGGAUGAUGAAGAAGAUAUCAAAGAGUUUUCCGGUUAUAAGUCCGCCUCGAAGUCCAGGUCGGACUCAGAUGGUGGUGCCGCUGAGCGCCGGUAUUCAGCCAACGAUUAUCCGCUGUCACCGCACGGAUACAACUAUUAUGGCGGCCCUCAGGAUGAAGAGGACAUCGAUGACAGCGAAUCGGAUACACAGCCGAAGAAGUCGUACAGAAAACAGGGCUUAAGGACUGUCCGAUCGACUGAUUAUAAGAGACAACGACUUCAAGAAUCGGAUGAUACGGAACAGGAGGUGAAGCCCACGGGAAAUGCCGUUCCGUUCAUCGAAACGGUUAAACAAAACGCCCGAAAGGAGUCAAUACUGGCGCACAUCCCGAGCAUCGCCGCGGAACUCCUAAAACGUGUCAAACAGGCUAAAGAGAGCGCCGACCUGUCGGACAGGGAUGUGGUAUCGGGCCGAGGAGGUAGUGGUGGGCAGAGGCGGCCUAAACCAAAGGCACCGGUAGCUGAUCCGGACUGCGAGAACGAGUUCGAUGUGACCAUUGGCUGCAAAUCCGGCGACAAAGAUGUGUCCAAAAUGUGUACAAAUGUACCGAAAAUUAUUUAUUCCGACGGAAAGGCUAUGUCUGCGUGUAAUGAGACACUAGUGGGCGGGGAGUGUCCGGUGGUAUGUCGGACCGGCUAUGAGCCAACUGUGCGGCGCCUGAAGUGUCAACAGUCGGGCGAUCGGAAUGUCUGGCAAAACGCGAAACUAAUUAAAUGCAAACCAAUAGAGAGUGAGUGCGAGCCGAUCAGCGCCGGUAGCGUCGAUAAUAAGACGUUGAUCCGUAUUAAAGCCCAAACCCAAUACCCGUCCCAAAGGGUACACUACGUGAGUGCUUACAAUACGACCCGAAAGUUGCCCCUAUUUUCGGCGUACGUACACAUGAGCGCCAAUAACGCUAAUACUACCGAUACCUCGACAACCAAUGGUACCGACACUGAGUACGUAAAGAACUCGUGCGACCAAUUGGGUGACAAUCAGUGGUCAGACGUUGACUACAAUAACAGUGAUUACAAUCUGAGACCACUUUUGCCGGUAAAGGCGUUCCGGUAUUCGCCGGAAGCUCAGAGUCUCGUGAAUACCAUGUCUAACGUCGCCCCGCAGGACCCGUUCACAUCCCGGGGCCCGUGGAUGACCAUCGAGAAUAGGACGCUAGAGAUGCUUCAGAAUAGGCCCGGUAUUGUCAUAUCAGGUGUCUGUCCCGAUAGUAUACCGCAAACAGAUCUGAAGCCUAAGAAUAUACGGAACCGGAAGCCGACGCCAACCCCUGAAAUACCGAAGUGUUUUUGGACAGUCGUAUGCGUGCCGUCCGGCGAUGACGACGUAACUGCCGGUGCUUUCUAUGCGGAAAACACACACCCGGUGUCCCAACUGGAGAAGCAGUCGCGGGUCGACCAGAUUCGCCAGUAUAGAGACCAGUCAUUUAUCGCCAAACUCUUGGGUACCGACGCCUACCGGCGCGUAUGGCUCGAGACGUAUCAGGCGUUCAAAGACCUCAACAAAGGCGUCAAAUCGUUUAUCUACCGGUGCGCUGAGCAGCAUAGGAAUACCCCCGAGGGUCAGUCGUUUUGGACAGACGUGAUCAAUGGACAGGCGGGUCGGGAAUGGGAGACAAAGUUUGCGUACGGUUUGGAGAAAAGCGAUUCGCAGCUCAAGAAUCGGGUAGCGACUGGCGAUCAGCGCCGGCUGUCCGGCACCAGACGCACGGUUCGAGAGGGGCAGGCGUUCGACGAGGAAAACCAAAACGCUGUCAACUCUAUCGGAGACUUCAAAAAAUGCAAAACCAGUGAACGACGGAAACUCAUCGCAUAUCUGACACCAAACGGGCCCAAGAAGUUGACCAUAAAUGAGGCCAAAGACAUAACGCACGCCAUAUUCGCCGCCAUCGACACCGACCCCACGGGAAGCCUAUCGCUGUUCAACGGCACGGAUCGCGGGAACGGCACUCAAUUCACGCGACUCUACGAAAUGCUGACCAUUAAGACCAGUCUCGAGACGAUCAGCGGUCAGGACCUCAAGAUUAUGGCCGCAAUCGGCGGUCAGAAUAUGUCUCAACAAUUCUCGGCGAUUAUCUCAUCGCCGGUCAAACGCCAGACACUGAUCGCUAGUGUCGUACGAAUGGUCGACUAUUUCGGGUUAGACGGCGUGGAGUUCGACGGCUGGCAACGCCCUGUUAUGGACGCCCAGACCAAUGGCGGGCAUAUCCCGAGCCCUGAAGAUCGCAAGAAUUUUGUCGAAUUCUUGCGUGAAAUUCGCUGGACUUUCGACAAAUUUCGGGUGGAAAAGGGUCGCAAAGAUCGGCUACUGGUGUCCAUAACCGCCGGCGCCGGGCAUUGGGUCGUAGGUCCAGACGCGACCUACGAUUGGGCUAAUGUCGAACCCCUUGUCGACUGGAUUAACGUAUUAACUGUCGACUACUUCGGCCCCUGGAGGACCCAAUGGGGCUCUAAUACCGGUCCCAUUGCGCCCCUAUAUCCGUCUGCGCCCAUUAAGUCCCUAUCGGAACAGAGUAUUCACUCGACUCUCGAAAAAUACUAUUGCCUACUAAACUCCAGUUCCCAUAAACUCGUGAUGACUGUCCCAUUUUAUAGCCGAUAUUGGCAUAGCGUUGGGGACGCUAUCAAUAUAACCGAUCACCACUUCCGGGACAGUCUACCCGCGGGUGGGUUCGUAGCCUACGAUACACUAAAACGGGAAUGGCUUCCAAACAGGGAUUUCGAGCACCGGUGGCACAACCAGUCAAACACGCCGUACCUCUGGUCUCCCCGGCAACGAGUGUUACUGUCGUACGAAAACCGGGAGUCCGUGGCCCGGAAGGCGCGCUAUGCCGUCGAACGCCGAUUGGGAGGGCUGUCGAUGUGGGCCCUGGACUUCGACGACACCAAUCAUGACUUGUUUCAGGCGAUUGUCGACAACUAUAAGACGUGCGCCGACGAUAGCCAACCAGAAACGGUGGGUGCCGUCGACUACCGGUGCCCUAAACCUGCGAGGCGGUGGUGGCCCCCGGAAAGGGGUAUCAACGCUGGCCUAUGCGGACGGUCAGCGCCACUGAUCGACGGCUAUUACCCGGUAUGCGAUCCCAGCAGCGAAUCCAUGGGCUGUUGCGGGCCGUGGGGUCGGUGCGGAUCGGGACCCGAGUUCUGCGACUGUGCCGGUUGUGUAGACUACAGGCGCCACCCGGAGCUCAUCGAUAAAGAGCCCGUACGGCCUACCCGUGCGAUCCGGUGGCUGACCCACGAUAUGUUGCCGGGCGGGGAGGAGAGCGAGGGAAUGGCUGUUUGCGGACCGGGAGCUCAGGCGAAGGUUAACGGUAGUCAUCCCGCGUGUAAUCCGGACGACGAUAACGGCUACUGUUGCUCGCGGGACGGUAUGUGCGGUACGGGCGGGGAGUUUUGCGACUGUCCCGAGUGCGUGAAUUUUAGGGCUAACCCCGACUUUGCCUACCCGUCCGCUACUAAGAGGUUAUGGUGGACUGAAUCGGAUGGCGCAAAUAGGGCCGGUAGGUGUGGUAGGUUUGCGCCGAAGGUUGAUGGGGAACACCCUAUUUGCGAUCCCGAGUCGGGUACGGCUUAUUGCUGUAAUAAGUGGGGUAUGUGUGGGUCGGGGCCACUGAACUGCCAGUGCGUCGGAUGCGUGGACUUCAAGCGUAGGCCUACUUUCCGGUGGAAAUAG